AGCCAUCUUGCUCAACGGCGGGCCUCUGGUCGGCAAUGGUUGGCGGCGCCACGGGGUUGGGCACUGGAAGCGUUGCUGCGAACGGCGUCACAUUUCCAAGUCGUGGGAUCUGCUCGGAGGACAAUGCUGCACUGCUGGAUGGGCGCAUCUCCGCGCAGCACACGGAGACCAGACUUCUGCUGGCGCAGUAUGAGGACCUCAGGCAGCAUGACGCAGUGACCCUCGAGGCUCUUCCUGCAGGCUGCAGCGAGCCCGCGGACGCGGCUGCUGGAGCGGAGCCAGAGCGCUUCACGUUGCUGGCGUCUUUCCAGCACAGUGCACCCAUUGCCGCCGUGGCGGUUAGCACGGACGACGUUGUCGCGACUGCUUCUUGGGAUGGCCUGGCGACGUUCUUCGACAUCCCGAGAUGGCACGACUCUGGUCGGUUCGACGUGGCAUCAAGCAGCGGCGUCACAAAUGGCAUGGACACAGCCUUGGUGGCUGCAGGCUUCGUACCGACGUCGCCUGAGGUGAUUGGCGUCGCGGCUGCCUGCCAAGUGCAGCUUUGGCACCUUGAUGCUGGCAACUUUUCGAAGCAAGCGGUGCUUGAAAAAUCCCAGAGCUCGGCGCUAAUCAGCAGUAUGUGUUUCCAUCCCUCUCAGCAGUGUCUCGUUACCACUGCCGACGACGGUGUCUCCAGAAUGUGGGACAUCUGCGAGAAUUGUAUUUUACGGGAGCUCCAGUGUAGCAACUCCCAGUUGACCGGAUGCAGCUUUCUUGGGGAUGGAGAUUUGUAUGAGUUGUUGUUGGUAGUUUCGUGCCUUAACACUGGUGCAUGUGUCUGGGACGUACGCCGUCCUCAGUGUGUUCACACCAUGGAGGUCUCUAGCGGAGUUGCGUGCGUCACUUGCAAUCCAGACGCCCACCUCAUCUGCGCCGGCAGGCUGGAUGGCGCGAUCGACCUGUGGGACACGCGGAUGUGGAAGGAGCAGCGUACGCUCGAGACACGGCAGCUUGCGGGUCCCAAGGCCAGGCCGCGCAGUCUGGCCUUUUCGCCAGAGGGGGCUCUCCUGGCCGCUGGCUGCCUCGACGGCGAGCUGCUCGUCUUCGACGUCACCCGCCAGCAGCGUGCGUUCAAGGUGCUGCACCACUCCGACGCGGUAUGCUCCCUCAGCUGGGGCGGCCCGGUCGCCUGGGCUGGCGCGCCUGGCUUCCUGGCCUGCGGCUCCCUCGACGGGAGCUGGUCCUGCUGGGCUCACAGGUGCGCCCGCGCGCCCCCGUGAGCGGCGCCGAGCCCUGGAGCCUUGGCGCAGGUGCUGCGCUGCCCCGGGGUCAGCCUCUGGCUCCAGGGGGCCUUUGUGUGCGAGCGGUGCCGAGCGGGGCCCUCGGCAGCGGGUGCUGCGCCGCCCGAGGGGCCACCCGCGGGCGCGGCGGGGCUCUCCGAGGGGGGCCACCCGCGGCCCCCGCGGCGGGAGGGGCGGCGGGUGCGGGCGGGCUCGCGGGCGCUGCAAGGCCCGCGGGCUCGCGGGCCGCCCGGCGCGAGGCGCGCAGCCCGAGGGGACGCAGAUGCAGAGGCGUUUCCGUCGGCGCGGCUCGCGUUCUUCUCUUGCUGGGGGGGGGCCUCCCGGUGGGCCCUCGUCGCCGAGCCUGGGCGGAGCUCGAGCAGCGUUCGGGUCACUCGCAGAGUCACGAAGGGGCCAGUCCGAAGGCGCCUCAUUCUUCCGGGUGAGCGCACGCGAGCGCAGAUAUACCCGCGCGUCGGGCAUCGGGCUGCGAG